AAGUGUGUUCCGUUCCUGCUGUGUUCAUAUUAAAGAAAAAAAAAACAACGUUCCGAUCGACCAUCAGUUAAUUAUAAUGUUAAAAUAGACUCCACGACAUUAUUCUGGUUCUGUUUUGUCCGGAAAUAUUUUUGAUUGAAUUGCAAUUAACAGUCGUGAUUGUUCGUUUCGAAGAAGUAAUUUUUCAGCAUAAAAUUGGCGUUUUGUUUAUUUUCUUUGUAACAUUACACGUUGCUGACGAGCGGACAGAACACACAUUUUACUAUUCCCGGCUAAAAGAGCAUCUCAUUCAUUAAACGGUUGUUUUACUAUUUGGACGAAAAGAUAUAUUUACAUCUCUCUUAACCUUCAAUGUCUUGUCCGAUGAUAUGUGUUCUGUAUCUGUGUAUAACACACUGAAAAUAUUUUAUUUUGUUAUUUAUAUGAAAUCGCGUUAGUACUUCUCAGAUGCGGCGACGAAAUGAAAUUGUUUUGAAGAAAAAGUUGGAAAACGCAGAAGACAGUGAUUUUUUACGAGCAAUAUUUACGUGAAUAAUAAACGUUCAUUCAAAUCAAUUAGCCCAUCGCCUCAAUUAAUUUUGGAAUACUUAAUGUAUCAACAGAACAUUCAGCGAAUGGAUGAUGUUUUAUUAGUGAUGUGAUGAUAUAACCCGAACCGAUUGUUUUGGAUGGAUAUUUAUAGUUCAAAGUUUUGGCAGAAAAAUAUGUGUGUGGUGUUUUUGGACCGUUAAAAUUCGUGGAAACAAUAGAAAUGUCUUCAUGUUUCUGUAAUUUGUGUUGAUUGGAGAAAGGCCUUUUCUUUUUAUGGACAUUUUCUUGUGGAAUGUUAACAAUUUUGACUGAAACUGGAGUACAUGAUCAUUUAGGAACAGUUAUUUCGCCCACUUUCAUCAAAUUCCAUUGCCAUGGACGACUUGGACGACGAGACACUUAACUCAUUACGAUAUUAUUUUUUGAGAAUUUUGGUUCCAUGUGUUGCGAUCAUUGGUAUUUUGGGAAACUUCGUCAGCGUUGUUGUUCUUACAAGGAGGCGAAUGAGAUGUUCAACAAACAUUUAUUUAACUGCAUUGGCUGUAGCUGACAUCAUUUACUUGUUAUUUGUAUUCAUUUUGUCGUGGGAACAUCAUCCCAAUAUUCAUCACUUAAAGUACAAAAUUUAUUGGGCGGCUUUCGGACUGUCACACUGGAUUUCUGAUGCAUCGGUGUAUACAUCAAUUUAUUUAACUGUGAGCUUUACCAUCGAAAGAUAUAUAGCUUGCUGCCAUCCAUUGAUUGGACAAGUUUUAUGUACAGAGUCGCGGGCAAAAAGAGUUAUUGCUGUCGUUGCACUCCUUUGUUUCGCCCUAACGAUAACGACGCCAUUCGAGUACAAACUUAAGGAGCAAACCACUUAUUACAACAAAUCAUUUCCAACAAACUCACCAGAAGCAUUAUGUCCGAAUGUAGACGAUGCUUUUCCAAAUGUAACUCUAAAAGCAAUGGCAAAAAUUGAUGAAGUGGUUCGUACAACGACCGAAUCCGAUUUUACGGAAGAAUUUGUGAAUGAUGAAAAUGCUUUUUAUGACUACAAUGGUGGCGAUAGGAUUACCAAGCGGAAUACAAAAUUAUGGGAGAUUAACGGAGUUUUCUAUAAUCAAUCGGAAAUUCAAAGUUUUUGUGUGCCGUCAACGGAAAUUUUCGACAGUGAAUCUGAUCUUGGGAAAAAUCCUACAUACAAAAGUAUUUUCUACCCUUUCACAUCAAUUGUUUGGACAAUCAUACCGGUGAUACUAUUGGCAACAUUCAAUUGCUUUCUGGUGGCAGCUGUGCGUAGAUCGCAUAGAAUGAGACGAACAAUGACUAACACUAUACAGAGUGACAGAUCAACGGCACAGGAGAACAAAGUUACGGUGACGUUAAUUGCUGUUGUUGUCUUAUUUUUGGUGUGCCAGACUCCAGGUGCUAUUCAACUUAUCUAUUCGAUGAAAAACGAGAAACACAGUAAUUUAACUCGAGGCAUUAAUAUUGUUUGCAACUUUUUAACGACACUAAAUGCAGCUGCUAACUUUUUGCUGUAUUGUGCACUGUCCAACAAAUACCGCCAAACCGUCAAGGAGUUAUUUCUCGGCAGGAAGCGCAAAAAUACGAUGUCGUCCCGCUACGGCAGCAAUCCGACCGGUUCGAGUUACUACAGUAAAUCGCCAACGAAUGCUGGUUCGGCGUCGAGUAACAGCAUUCGAAAGCAGCCGAAAAAUUCACGCUUUUCCAUAACGCCAACGGAUUAUGCAAAUUUCCAAGCCGAAAUGGCCGUUAAGAAUGCAAACACAAAAUUGCUGGCUGCUGCUGAUUUUAAAACGGAGAAAAAUUCCCAGCAAAAUUCAUCUCAUAUACAAAUGCAACCGUUAUGCAACGAAUCAUCCAUACAUCCGCCAUCAUCAUCAUCCAUCCAGCAAUUAUCACCAUCAUCGCGUAAGCUUCGUUUUCACAUAAGUCCUAGUGAGACUAGUCUCACACGGGCACAAUCAUUAGUUUUCCCUAUCAAAAUCAAACAUUCACCGAAUUGUAAAAGUCAUCCGAAUCCAUAAGCCGUAGAGAUGGAGGUUUUAUAUUGUAAUAUCAUAUUGCUCUGCUUAUUUGAAAAAUAAAUUAAAUAAUUUACAAGCAA